GCCAAAUCGCUAACCGAUACCAUCGAAGAGGAGAGGAAGCGCUCUCAUCGGUCUUGCCUCCAUGGACGGCGGCGACGUCGAUGGCGGUGUUGGCGGUGGCGGGGCCUUCGAGAAGGACGAGGAGGCGGAGGAGAGAGCGGAGCUCCUCCGGGAUCGCUUCCGCCUCUCCGUCAUCUCCAUUGCCAACGCCGAGGCGAAGAAACUCGACAUGGAGGUCUUGGAGCCCGUGGUGGCGUGCGUCGCCGAUCUGGCUUUCAAGUACACUGAGCAGUUGGCAAGAGAUGUUGAGCUGUUUGCACAGCAUGCUGGUCGCAAAUCUGUAAACAUGGAAGAUAUUAUAUUAUCAGCACAUAGAAAUAAACACUUGACUGGCCUAUUGAGGUCAUUUUCUCAAGAAUUGAAAGGGAAAGAGCCUCAGACUGAAAGGAAGAGAAAGAAAUCUUCAAAAAAGGAAGAUAAAUCAAUUCCCAGAUGAUCAGAAAAUCUUCUGCUAUUUAUUGUGCAGCUGAGGGAGGUAAUUGGUAACUCUAGUAUCAAAGAUUCAGAGUGCUUAGCUGCAGAAAAAUAUGCACUUACUCUAGUACCAAAAUGGUCAGAACAUCAUUUCUAGAGUCCUAGUGGAACGGCUUUAGAAACAUAUAUUUCUAGCAACAAGCUUUUGGUUGCAUAAGGUUUUCAUGUUAAUCUGCACGCUCGCUCUUUAUGCUGUCUGUCAGAUGCAUAUACAGUUGAUAUAUAUCCUUCAGAACUUCAUAUUA